UACAACAUGCUGUAUGUUGUGAAUAAGGCGAUUCGCGGACACCGUUGCUUCUAAAGACUCUUGUACAUGACAGACACCAGAGAUAAAUUAUUUCAAAAUUUGGCAUCACCAUGUCAUGGCUCGGCGGCAGCUUUUCGUCCAUCACCGAUCAACUUUCUAACCUCACCAAAGAUAUUUUGACAGAAGGCACGGAGGAAGUGAGCGAUCCUGUCACAGAACUCAAAGUUGCCAAGGCCAAGAUCCAGGAGUUGGAGAUUGUGCUGAAUUCUCAGAAAUCCGAGAAUGACCGUGUUAAGGCGCUUAUCCGUGAGGCAGAGGAGAGGGCUGAGGCCUCAGAACUUCAGGUUAAUGCCAUCUCUACACAGUACAGGGAUCUCCUACAGCAGAAACAGGACGAGAUUAAAGAGUUGAAACAGAAACAUCAUGAGAUGUUGGAAUCCCAAAUGAACUCUCAGCGAGACAGCGAGGAUGACUCUCACAGUCACAUGACCUACCACUCGACCUAUACUAGAUCUACAGGUGUAGCAAAUACAGGUAGCUCUGAGCUCUUCCCUGGGGACGACCUUGACUUUGGGGACUCUAUCUCAAUGCAGCAUGAAAUUAACCGGCUCAGUAAGGAAGUUCAGCGACUGCAGUCUGAGAACACCCACUGGAAGAGGAUGGCUGCAGAAGCUGGAGGAUUGAAGACUGACCUUCUGAGAAAAGAUGAAAGCCAGGACAUCACUAGACUACAAACUGAAAUCAAGAAUUUACAACAUGAGCUGUCAACAGUGCAAGAACAGCACCAGCAGGAGGUUGUGGCCCUUCAGGACCACCAUAGAUCUCAGCUGGCCUCCUUGAAGCAGCGGCACCAGGCCGAAUUAGCACAUGCUCAGGAGCAGGCCUUGGAAGAAGCCCUACAACAACAACAGCACUCCAAAACAGCAGAUGGUGCCUCAAGCGAUAUUUCAGCUCUACAUGAGGAGAUUAUUAACCUUCAACAUGACCUUGUGACAAUUAAAGGCCAAAAUGAGCAGCUGAAAACUGAGCUGGAGACAGCUGUGCGAGAAAAAGACCAAGCCAUGACCAUCUUGUCACAGUUAGAGACACAGAGUGCUCAGAUGAAGGCCCGGACUGUAGAACUUGAGACAGAGUUGGGAGUUUUAAGAUCAGAGCACUCCGCACUUCAGGACAAGGUGGUCCGGCUGGAGGAGACUUCUAGGCAACAGGCUGCUCAAAUUACAGAUUCUCAGGCAGAUGUCAGCCAACUUGGGGAAGAAAACAAACAGGCCCAUGUUCUUGAAGUGUUGAGUGACCUUCAGCAUUUUCGUCACCAGAUGAACGACGACACUUUGGCACGAAAAUCCAAAGUUUUACACGAAAAAGACAAGUUGGUGAAUCUACUGAUAGCUGUUGGUGUUAAGAAAGCUGAAUUGUGUAAACAAAUAUCAGAUAUGGAACAGUCUGAGCAACAACUGGCAUCGGAGACUAAAGAUUUGAUUCAAUCACUGGGCAGUCCAGAGAACCUGGAGGUCACCAAGGCAAUGCUGGACAGCCUACAACAGGAAAACACAGCACUAAAACAGAGUAUGGUAGAGCAAAAGGAGCAUGUCACUCAGCUGGAGAGAGAUAUUGCUACACUGAAGCAAGAGAGGAAAGAUGCAGAAGAAAAAUUCAAAGAUUUGCAUGAGAAAGGUGUAGAAGUCCUCCAGUCUAAGGAUGAGACAGGGUUGAGUGAGACAGAGAGCCAAUGGGACCUCAGUAUAGACAACAACUCCAGACCUGUAGCUAGCACGCCAUAUGUAAAGAACAGGCCUGGUGGAGAUGCCAAGGAGGAGGAACAGGGGAGAGAACUCCGACAUUUAAGCAGUCAGCUGAGGGUGUACCAGGAUCAACUGGAGGAGUAUGAGUGUCUAAAGGCUGACUGGCAGGUGGAGAAGGAGGCUCUUGAGGAAGUCCUCAUGGGACUUCGCAAACAGUUACGAGAGAAAGAGGCUGCAUUAACCACAGCAUCGACACGUGUGAAGACUGAUGGCCCCAUGGACAGUGACAGGACAGCAUUACAGGAUAAGAUUACAAGGUUAGAAGAAGAAAUACAAAUCCUGAAGAAGAAAAAUGAAGAGUUACUGAAGGCUUUGGAUCAAUCUGAAGGAAUCCAGUCAGAGCUCGAGGAGCUGAGGAAUCAGCUGGGAAAGAAGGCUGAAGAGGUGCUGAACUUGACUAGUGAGAAGUCUGAGCUGGAGGCAGGCUUAGAGGAGCUAGACAGUCAGCAUAAUGAAGCAAUGGGAGAGGUGAUCCGAAUGCGGAAUGGCCUGGUGCAACAGGCAGAUGCGCUCAGGGGCCAGGUCAGGGAGAAAGACUCCUGCAUUGACCAGCUUAACCUACAGCUGCAGGAACUCCAGACCGCAGCUGCUGACCAAUCAUGUGAUCAGUCACAUGACCUGUCUGAAGUGUCAUUGGAGCUGGAACGAAUGCGGCGCGAGUACGAGAAACUGAAGGUAGAGAAGGAGCAGCAGUCUGAGCGGCUUGUUGACGGGGCACAGGCUCUCAAUCAGCUUCACAUGGACAAGCAAGAGCUAGAAGAGAAGGUGAGAAUACAGGAGAGUGAGGUCAAGGAGACGCGGGAAAAGCUGAGCGAGUUCAAGCACCAGCGCGAGGCUGCAGAGGAAGCGUACAGGAGCACCAUGGAGAAGCUGGAGCUAGCAGAACAGCAGUUACAAGCUCUGGAGGAGAGCACGGCAUUUGACUCAUCCACGCAGGAGCACCUAGAGACAGAGCUAGAGGAGCUGAAAUGUCAGCUGAGCGACAGCCAGAGAAACAACCAGACACAGCACUCUGUGAUUGCAGCUCUGCAGGCAGAGCUUGAUCUAUCCAAAACUGAGGUGGUCAGUCUGCGCAGCGGUCAGGCAGUGUUGGAGGAUGGACCGCAGCCAACUGUUGAGCUGAGCUCUGGUGCUGAUGCAACGGAGGUGAGUGCAUUGCGCUCAGAGAACCAAGCUCUCUACACACAGCUUGAAGCACUCCGCACAGAAAAGACUGAGUUAGAAAAGGAGCUAGACCAGAUGGAACAAAAACUUCAAAAGCAGCACAAAAACUAUGAGAAUUAUAUCCAUGAUAUACAAAAAGGGCAGGUUCUUGACUCCACUGCUCUCCAGGAAGAACACAGUAAGAGUAUAAUGGUAAGCCAUGAGAAGGACAUGAGGAUUUCACAGUUAGAGGAGGAGAUCCUUACUCUGAGAAUUGAGCUGGAAGAUUCCAAGGAAACCAUGCAGUCAGCCUUAGAGAGUCAGCAGCAACUGUCUGGAUUGAUCAACGAAAAAGAAGCGGAAAUUUUGAGUUUGAAAAGAGAAAAUUUAUACCUGACAGGAAAGAUUGAAGAGCAGGAGAAGAAUAUGAGUGAUUUAGAAAUAAAGGUGGAAGGGACACAGACUCAGCUGAGUAGGUCACUGGAGGAAAACCAAAAGCUGAAAGGUGAAUUGGUAACGAAAAUAACAAGUGAAGACUCAAGUGUAGAGAGUGAGAAGUUGGAAACUCAGACCCUUGACGUGAUGACAGACAUGGAGUCAGAGCUGACCUUGGCGAGAGACAAGGUCAUAGCCCUGGAAGAGGAGGUAGACAGACUGACUCAGCUGGUGGGAGACCAAGAGACCAGUAUACGAGAGCUAAACAACAAAACGCACCUUCAGGGAAAGGAGUUGGAGGAGUAUGCUCAUAGGAUCUCUUCACAGGAUGACAUGAUAGCAGUGCUACAACAGAGCUCACUGCAGAAAGAGGCAGAGAUUAGUGACGUCACGCAACGCUUGCACCGUGCUACGUCGCUCGUUGAGUCAGACAAACGUCACAUGCUGGAGCAAAAUGACAAUGGCGCAACUCCUGUGUCCAACCUCCCAGCUAUCGAGUACCCUGAGAAGGGUACACUGGAUUUAGAUGAAACUGAGGCUGGAGGUCCGGCUAGGAACAAAGUAGACAUUGAUUUAAGGGAAAGUCGUCCUCCAGAGGUCAAUGGUCGUCUCUCUGGUGAUUGGUCAGAAGGCUCUAAUGAUAGUGUUACGGCAGAGAUAGAACAGUUACAGAGUAUCAUCAAGGGCAAAGAUCAGGUGAUUACUGAACUGCAGAACAGUAACACCUCCCUCAUGAAGAUGUUAGAGAGUAAACCUUUGACCUCUGGAGGGGAGAGAACUCUUGUAGAGGUACAUAAGCUAGAGAACGAAGUCCGCUCUCUCAAGACUGAACGAGAACAAAUUUUAGCUGUGAUGAACGAGAAGUCUCGAGAAUCUAGUAAAUUAAAAAGUGAAGUUCAUAGACUUAUGAAUAUAAUAUCAGCUGAGAAAACAGCAUUAGAUAAAUUAACACAGGACAAUAAUCAUUUGGUACGGAAUAGAGAAAGUAGUCCAAACGAAGACAUGCAAAAGGAGGCGGUUCAGAAUUUAUCAAGGAUUAUACGUGACAAGGACGUGGAAAUGGAGGCUUUGCGUCAGAAGAAUGAAACACUGGUUCAGGUGUUACAGGAUAGUUCUGAGGACGGAUCUCGGAUCAACAGUCUAAUGGUGGAAAAGGAAAACCUGACCAAACAACUGGCUGUCCUCCACUCUGAGCGAGACCAGAUGGUGGCCUUUGUCAGUCAGAAACAUCAGGAGAGUGUGGCUUACCACAAUGAAGUCCAGAGACUCACUGCCUACAUCAAUACUGAAAAUGAAAAAUUUGAAAAUGUGCAAAGAGACUAUGCAAAUUUGGUGCCGGAAUUCGAGGACAAAAAACAAGCCCUUCUGAAGGCACAAAAUGAACUGAUAAAUUACAAGCAGAAAUAUACCGAGCUAGAAGUGAAAUAUGGCGAACUGGUGCAGAGGUCGAAUGUAUCAGACACAGUUGAUGUUAGUAUGUAUAAUAUGAAGGCUCAGGAAGCCAGCAAACUGCAAGAACGCUUUACGCAAUGUCAGCAAACUCUUCAAACAAAGGAGGCGAAAAUAAACUCUCUAAAUCAAAGGCUCAAUGAGUUGGAACUGUCCACAAAUAGUUUAGAAACUGAGAAAAACAAUUACAAAAAACAGGUGGAGCACCUGUCAUUCCAGAUGCAGAGUUUGCGAAGAGAAGUGGAGGUCGCACGUCAGGAUUCCGUCGACGCAGAGCAGGGGAAGGAACAGCAGACCUCAGAGAUGCAGGCGUUACGAGAAGCCAAUGACAAGGUGAUGCUGUCUGUAAGAGAGAAGGAGUUUGAGGUGACGAUGCUGAAGGAGAAAUGCGCCACACUGACUGCCAUGUUACAGGAGCGUGAUGGACAGGAAGGACAACUGGACCGGCUACUGCGGGAUAAUGAGGCUGUCAAUCAGCAGGCGCAGGCGUUCCAGCAGGAGAAGGAUCAGCUGAUGAUCGUGUUGAGACAGCGCCAGGGUGAGGCUGACCAGUUGCGGGAACAGGUGGAAAAACAUAAACAAAAGGAACAGAAACUGAGUGGGGAAUUAGACAGACUGAGGAAUCAUCUCCUUCAGAUUGAGGAAGGGUACACACAGGAAGCACUGGCAGCUGAGGAGAGAGAGAAGGAACUGAGGAAUAGACUGGCAAGCCUGGAGGAGAAAGUACUGUCCUCAUCAGCCGCUGUGGAAAAUGUCAAUGCUCACGCUGGUCAGCAGCUAGAGAGUUUACAGCAACAACUGGUAGCCAUUGCUGGUCAGCGAGAUGCUGCCUACCACCAGGUGGCGCUACUCCAGGAGCAAUGUCAGCAGUACAGUGCCUCAUUGGCUAACCUUCAGCUGGUGCUGGAACAGUUUCAGCAGGACAGGGAGUCGACGCUGGCCACAGAGACAGACCACUAUCGCUCCCGGAUCGCUGAGCUGACCAGUGAAGUGGCCAGACUGAGGUCAGAACUGGCAGACACUAAGAGUCAACUUGAGGAAGCAUCUGGUCUGGAGGCUGCUGCCAGACUCAGUGAGCAGCUGGACAAGAAGGAGGCCACUAUCCAGGCCCUCAGAGAAGAAGUUCAACUGCGAGAAGAGGCUUUGAAAUCUAGCGAAGAUGAAAAGAAGAAGUUGGUGACAACUUCAGAGGCUAAAGUUGAUAAGGUUCUGGUGAAGAACUUACUGGUUGGUUACCUGUCUACACCUCAGAGCAAACGAAAUGAAGCUCUUAGGGUCAUAGGUGUGGUUCUCAACUUUUCUCAAGACGAUUUCCAUAAAGUGGUGGGUGACUCUCAGGGUAGCUGGAUCCCAGGGUUCCUUAGGUUUGGUCGUUCCCCGUCAACCCCUCCACACUCCCCAGCCAGGGGCAGUCACGGAGGCUUGGAUAAGUCAUUUUCUGAGCUGUUUGUGAAGUUUUUGGAGAAGGAAUCCAGUCCUCCGCCCCCAGUAAUGCAACUGCCUGCUGAGCAAAUGGCUCAGGAGACAAGACAAAAACACAAACAUGAUCGGGAGAAAGAGAAAGUGGAACAGAGUGCUCGCCCACCUCAGUUUAACCCGUUCACUGCCCCGCGACACGCAGUUAUGCCCGUCCAGGUGGGAGGGCGCUCCUCCCCCCAUGACUCUCACCUGCUCAUCUCCAGCUCUUUAUCACCUGCGCUACCUGUGGUUGCCCCUAUAGCUGCCCGUGAGGGCACCAUUACUCCAGUUUUACCAACUCAAAACGUGCCAGUGUCAAGCAGUGCGAUAUUAAAAGAUGUGCUAAGCAGUAGAUGACACCAACUGUCUUAAGCCAUUAUGACAAGCUUUUGUUGUUUUACACAAACUGUUGUAAUAUUUAAGGUAAUAUGUAUAUAACUUAUGGUCUUACUUCAGAAUCACAUGUUUAGGCUUGGGCGUGUAAACUUUUCUUAACUUUAUGGCUAUUUCGGGAGAAAUGAAGGUGUGCAUUGUUUAUUUCCAUGUUUCUGUUCACUUGUGCUUAAAGGCUAUGUAAGGUAAUCCAGGAAUGCAAGAGAAAUAUCACACAAGUGAGCAAGAAUUUCCAGCUUGAACCUGAAUAUCGGAAUUAGUCAGGGAAAAUGUCCCCAUUUGCAGGCUGAUGCACUGGUGCUUACUGAUGUGACUAUUCUUUAUACUAUAGACCUUAAUUAUCAUAUAACUGUGAUUCAGCUUACUCUUUUUCAUUAAUCUACAUUACUUGAAAUGGUCCAAAAUUUUGGUAACAAUGUACAUAUCAGCUGUAAACUUUUACAAAAGGAAUGUUGUGUAAGAUAGUUGUGUUUGGUGAGGGCAUUAUACAUGUUGUCUAUAGGUAAUAACGCAGUUAUUAAGGACUAUGUGAUAUCAGAAAAUCGGCUGGUUACCCAGUUGCCACAUUUUAAUUUGUCCGAAAAUUUCAUUUUAGGUAUUCAUUUUAUCUGUUAUUAAAGAAACCCAAAAUGAUAUGCAUGUUAUGAAUGUUCACCUGGAUUUUCUAGAAAU